AUGCUCAGAUCUAUCCCUUUCAACCCGCCGGCAUGGGCAUGUGCAUUGCGUCAUCGCCCGGCGAAGAAGCUGCGUCUCGGUCACUUCCCGACACCAAUUUUUCACUUUUCACCUCCAGGACUUCCAAAUGGCGUCCGCAUGUUCAUCAAGCGCGACGAUUUCAGUGGGAUAGAGACGUCUGGAAACAAGAUCCGUAAACUGGAAUUUCUGCUGGCUGAAGCGCUAGAGCAGAAAGCUGAUUGCAUCGUCACAUGCGGGGGAAUCCAAAGUAACCACUGCAGAGCGUCUGCUGCUGUCGCCAGGUUACUCGGCAUGGACUCGUUUUUGCUACUACGCACCAACGAGCCAGACGAAGCCCCCGGACUAGUUGGAAACCUGCUGUUUGACCGGUUGCUGGACGCCAACAUCAUCCAGAUGUCUCGUCAGCAGUACGGCAAAUAUGGUAGCGAAGCUAUGAUCAAGCAAACAUGCGACCGUUUGAAGAAAAAAGGUCGCCAUCCAUAUCCAAUUCCAGUUGGCGGUAGCAACGGGCUGGGCACAUGGGGUUACAUUCAAGCCAUCGACGAGAUCAACAACCAACUAAAGACACAUGAGCUACCGAUCACGGACAUUGCAUUUGCGUGUGGAAGCGGAGGAACUGCUGCUGGAAUUGGCCUCGGCUCGUAUCUCUUCGCUGCAUCUCACCCGAAUUCAGCUCUGAACUUCAAAACUAACAUCCCAGCGCACGCUUACAUCGUUUGUGACGAUGAUGGUUACUUUUACAACUACAUCGAUGAUCAGAUCCUACCCGCAAUGGGAGCACCUUCUGACAUUUCGUCACGCCAGUUUCUUCAGGUCGCGAACGCGCAGGGAGAGGGCUACGCUCGCAGUACGAAAAGCGAGCUAGAGUUCAUUUACAGGGUAAGCCGCAAAACCGGUGUGCUAUUGGAUCCUGUCUACUCGGGCAAAGCACUCUUGAAUCUUAUCAGAGAGCUAAAGGAGGAGCCACAGAAGUUCGCAGGGAAGGACAUUUUGUUCAUACACACAGGUGGUCAAUUUGGCCUAUACGACAAGGGUUGA